UGUGUGUGUGUGUGUUUCAGUGGUUCAGAAAGGACACGUUUACAGGUAGGUUGAGAUUAGUUUUUAGUUUUUGUUCAAUUUAGGGCCACGUUUAGGUUUGAUUUUAGGUUAUUGGCAUGUUUGGGAUAAUGUAUUAUUGGGUUUUGUUAAAGUUAAGGGUAUGUUUAGGUUAGGGUUAGGGGUUUGGGAAUAGUCUUGGUUAAAAUUAGGGCCAUGUUUAGGUAAGGGGGUAUUUUAGGGUUUAGUGUAUAGUUAGGUUUAAUUAAAGUUUUGGGUAUGUUUAGGUUUAGAUACAUUUUUAGUUUUGGUUAAGAUUAGGGCCAUGUUUAGGUCAUGUUUUGGUUUGGUGUAUUUUAAGGAUUAAUUAAAGUUAGGGGUAGGUUUAGGUUUAGGGUUAGAUCAUUCUUAAGUUAAAGAUAUCACUUUAUUUCAGCUCAAAGCUGGUUAAACAGCCAGAUGGCAAAUGUAGGUGUGGAGACUCAGAGCCAGUUAAACUGAUCCUCAUCCAAAGCUAGAAGGAUUCAAAAGAGUAAACUGUCCAGAGACCUGGGACACACUGGAGAAACAGUUUUUAUUCUGUGAUCUUCUAAACCUGGUCAUCUGGACCAGAAUGAAGAAGCUGAUGGACUCUCUCCACAGUACUGGUCAGUAUGAACACAUGAAGGUUACAGUAGAGGGCAGCAGCACGCCACUGCAGCGUCUGGUCUGCCAAAUAGAAUAAAAAGAAGAAGAAGGUUAGGGUAGAGUUUGGGUUUGUUUAAGUUUAGGUUCAGGUUUAGAAUAUGAUUAUUGGUAGCUUUGGAUUGAAGGUACAGGUAGUCUGGGUUAAAGUUACGUGUACGUUUAGGUUUCUGGGUCUGGUUUAGAUUUAGGGUAGAGUAAGGUUUGGUUAGGUUCAGGUUAAGGUUAUGGGCCUUGGCAGAGGUUUGCCUGUUCUGCCAAUCUAGUUAUCUAGCACAGGGAUUGUGAGGACCAGGGAUGUGUUGUGAGCAGAGGUGGCAGCAGAGACGAGGAAGAUCUCAUGUGUGCUGCUGCCUGGAGGAGGAAGGAAAAAUGAAUAAUCCAGGGUAGCUCCGGUUGGUCUGGCGUGGGUCUUGGAACAUUCUCCUGAUAUGUGGAAACAGACGAGCGCUGCAGCUCCAGAGCUCCUGGGAACAUGAGACGGCAGGUGAUCCCUGAUGAAGAUGAAUCAGAGCAACGAGCUGCUGAUGUCAGGGCCUCACAUGCUCCUGAGUCACUCAGGACAUCUGUGUCUCCCGCUCACGUCACGAGUCAGGAAACACCUAGCACUCAUUGUCUUCAUCAAUUCAUCUGAAGAUAAUAUUAUCAGUUAAUCCAUUUAUGGUUAGGUAGACUACAGCAGUGCCUGUUGUAAAACUGACUGCAAGCAAACUAACCUUCAGUUGAGCUGUGGAAGGUGAAGACCUGCUGCACAGAGAAGAUGGUAAAGAAUCAGUUGUAGCUUCUGUGAACACACGCUUGUCAGGAGGAUCGACAACAUCGCCCACGUUGAUGAGUCCCAGUCACACUGGUCACCUCUUUAUUCAAAUUUUAUGAAAAUUGAGUGUAUCACGUGUUCAAAUUGCACCAAAUUCCACGGCGCACCCCCGUUGGCCCUUAACAAUACUCAUGCCAGGUGUGAAGCUGAUAGGAUGACCGGCUCUUGAGAUUUGUGGGUCACAUACAGACAGACAGAGAUUUGGAAUUAGUAAAUAAAUAAAACAUCAGUAAACAGACGGCCUGUCACCAUAACCUGGAGCUCAAGCUGACAUUAUGAAACCUGACAUCUUAUCAAACCAGCUGACAAAUAUGAUUCUUAAAGCUUCCAGCUGCAGGCUGUUGCUCGAUGGUGGAUAUUCAUGGCUAAGAUUAUAUUCUAAUUCUGUUUGUGCUUCAGCGUCUGUUCUGAGUUACGUUACAUCUGUCACUCGUGGCACCGAGGCCAAACCAGAUAACACUGGAGACAACGGGACUCCAGAUAAGAGAGGAAUUCAUUCCUCAGCACUACUGCAGGACUCCACCACACAUUUCUACAUUUCUGCUUUUACACUUUUAUUCUGUGUUUACACACACACACACUCACAAACACACAAACACACACACACAAUGAUUUCCUGGAGACUUACUCUUACUUAAACAUAGUUACUACUUGCCUAACACUAGGUUAACAUAAACCUAAACCCACCCUUACCUUCAAACACUGUCAUACAGUUUGAUGAAUUGAUGUUUGUCCCCAUCAUGUGAUUGUGUGAAAAGAUUCUGGUCCCAACAACAUGAGUAAAACCUGGACCACACACACAAACAGUACCUAAACUUACCUUAACCUUACUUUAAAACGUGUCUUCAACUUAAAAGUUAAUUAUUUACCUCACUCUGUCUCCAUAAGAAAGACAAGUUCCCUUAGAUCUCACUGGUUCUCACACACUCCGACAAACACACACACACACACACACUCAUCAUUGCAGUUAACCGACUACAGUAAACUGCCUCAAAGCUUUUCGUGAUCAUUUAAAAUUUAAGAUACAUUUAACUCACUAAUAAUAAUGAAAAGUUUCUUAUAUCAUAAACACGGUAAAAAAUGUGAUGUACCAGUAAUUCUAACGGUUCCCUGUGAUCCACACAGAACAUUCUCCCUCUGCAGCUGUGAUGAGUGUGUGUGUUUGUGUGUGUGUGUGUGUGUGUGUGUGUGUGUGUGUGUCUCUGUGUGUGUGUGUGUGCUGUGAUCUUUUGACGAAGGCGCCCGUGUACAGAGGAUCUUAACUGGCUGACUGGAGCGAUGGAUUGCAUUAUGAGCUCUCUCACUCUGGCUUCUCGAUGUGCAUUCCUGCAGAAGAAGUGAUUCCUCCUCCACCUCCUCCUCCACCUCCUCCACCUCCUAAUCAUCCAGAUGAUUACUCCUGCAAUUCAAACGACUGGCAAGGAACAGUGUCCGCUGCCCUCGUACUUCAACAUGUGAUGUGGUCCAGUUCACAUCAGAUGUGAUCCAGAGCAGAUCCUCUCUUUGCCUGACUCAGCAGUGAUUCGAUGAGGCUGAGGCACAGGUUCAGUUCAUAUAUCAAGUCAUUCACACUUUCUAACAUUUGUGCAUCCAACUCCUCCAGUAUUCACCAAACUUUGAUAUACACGUGACCAAACAUGAAGUUCUAUGGCAUCAGCAACCUCCUCCGUCACAACCACCGACAGGAUUCACCCAGGAGCGUGCACACAGCCGUGCACACAGCCGUGCACACAGCCGUGCACACAGCCGUGCACGUGGGGGCAGAUGACAUUGCAGCUGCGACGCCGAUGGAGGCUCACACACGUUUGUUUUAGUUUCCAUGGCAAACAGGUCCGUGACCACAGGAAAGAAAAGUGCAAAUAUCUGAGCACGACAACUUCUUCUAAUGUGUAAGAGGACGUAUGUGUGAGUGUGUGACAGGAAAGGGUGGAGAGAUUUGGAUCAUUUCUGAAAGGAACAUAAUCCACCCCCCACUUGCUCUCUCCCUCCCUGCCACCUCCCUCUCUCUCUCUCUCUCUCUCCCUCUCUCUCUCUGAGUCCCAGCCCCUGAAGGUGUCAUAACUGUGCACUCUCUCUCUCCCUCUCUCCCUCCCUCACUCACUCACUCACUCUCUAUCACCGCCUUUCAGAUCUUUAAAAGCUGGUGCUUUGCUGUUUCUCUCUCGAUCUCCAUUUGUCUCCUCUGGCACUGCAGGGGACUCAACCGGCAAAGCACCAAGGAAGACUACUGUGUAGAAACAGGAGGAAGACCGAGGGAAGGAGAGAGAGAGAGAGAGAGAAAUAUACAUCCAGAAAUAGCAGCAGCCACAUUUAACUGAUAGAGAGUGACAGUGUGAAGAACCUAAGACCUGGACAGAAAAUGCCUAUCCUUUCUAACUUAACAGCCAUUGUUUUGUUGCUGAUUGCCCACUGCGGAUCGUGGAGCAGAGCAAACCGCUUGGGGCCCUUCAAGGUCUGUCCCUCCUGCAGGGAUCCACUGGGAGCAGGUCGGCCCCCCAGGGACCAUAAUGUUGCCGGCAGCACAUCAGUGCUGGCCCAGGGAGAGCCCUGUGGUGUGUACACACUGAGCUGUGCCAAGGGGCUCCGCUGUGUUCCCCCCCCACGGGAGCACAGCCCCCUCCAGGCUCUGUUGCAGGGACGGGGUAUUUGCGCCAAGCACAGCAGGACUAGUCCCACUGAGAAGCCCCCCCCCACAGGUCCACAUCCCUCACACAGCGGUGACAUUGAAAAAGCACCCUGCCGCAAGCUGCUGAACAGCGUCCUGAGGGGUCUGGAGCUGACCAUCUUCCAGUCCGACCGCGACAUCUACAUCCCCAACUGUGACACCCGGGGCUUCUACAGGAAAAAGCAGUGCCGCUCCUCCAAGGGCAUGCAGCGUGGCCAUUGCUGGUGCGUGGAUGAGCUCGGCACGCCCGUGGCCUCACGUGCCAGCGAAGAUGGUACUUUACCAUGCGAUGGGGAGUGAGGGAUGAGUCUGUCCUAUUGCUCUGAGCCAGGAGGAAGAGGAGGAGGAGGAGGAGGAGGAGGAGGAGGUGGCGGAGGAGGUGGCGGAGCAGCAGGAGCACAGGGAGAGGGGAUGGCUUUAGCUUUUGCUAGACACUGCCUAGACAGGAGGCAGCAGGGAUAAACCACUUCCUAUGGGAAAUCCACAACAGUUAACGCUCAUGUCCUCUGUAGAAGCAGGACACACACACUCUCACAGUCACAGCGACAAUAACAUCUGCCUGAAUGUUCAACAGUUGCAGCAGCGUCCUCUGCGUCGUCCGGUGACAUGCUGCAUGCUCACAUUCACUCUGCGUGAACUGCCUCAGCGAUCCCAGCGGCAGCACUCAGAGUGAUCUCUAUGUUCCUUGGCUCUUGUCCUGGCUUUCUGGUAGAUUUUCGUUUUCCUCUUUCCUUUAGGAUAGCUGACACUGCCUGUGCUCGUUCUGAUCUCAGUGGGCUGAAAUACUGUUACGCAGGUGAUGUGACACAAGACGUUUGACAAAUGUGUCUCCCUCACCGUCCCCUCUCCCUCUCUCCAAAGAUACACUGAUAUCAGCGUACCUAAUCGACAGAAUAUUUCUUUUCUAUUAAUUUAUUUUUGAGUAUGUAUUUCCAUCGAGUACUGCUUGAAUCUUACAGUAUCUUAUAUAUGUGUAAAGUCAGAAAACAUAGUCAUAAGAAUAUGAUCUUGGAUGCUUCUGUUCAUUUUAUUUGUCAAAAUGGCGUUCUGACUGCUUAUUAGUUGAUUGUUUGUACAUAUGUUGGAGUUUUUGUGGUCGACUGUGUGUUCUGAAGUGGCAGACAAAAAGCUUACGGCUGUUACCCUUUUCAAAAAGUUGUAAGGCAUAUUUUUAUACACGUCAAUAUAAUAUUUUAUAUAUGAAUUGUUGGUUUAUUUAAUGAACUACAGUACAAUGCCAUGUAUUUUUAUAUUGUCAGCAGUUUCUUAUUUAAAGACAGAGAUUAUUUUAUUUCAUGUUAGGGGAAGAGGCACCUUUAAGGGAAAACUUCACUUCACAUUCAUCAGAGCUCUAUUCUAUAAACUGCUGUACAUCUUAUGGUUAUAUCUCAUGUUUUUAAUUUCCUUUUUUUAUUUAUGCUUUGUUCAUUUGAGAAUUCAGAAAGUCCAUGUUACCAGUACGCUUUAUUUUGGCACAUCAUACUAUAAAUUCUGAUUUCAAUGGAGGGAUAAAAAAAAUUAAAAGAUCAAAUUUGUUAUUGUAAUAGUUCGUCUUUCCCAAGUCCUUGCAAAAGUCAUGAAAUUGUGUGAUUAAAUUGUGUGAUUAGAAUUUAUCUCUUUCUGACCAAUCUUGUUGUGCCGAUGUGUGUGUGCCGUGAUGACAGUUCUGUGCACAAAGGACCUUUAGAUUUGCAAAUAUGAAAAUAAAACUUAAUGAUAAUAAAAAUGGAGAAGAAUAAAACAUAUAUUAAUAUAACAA